CUUCGAUUCUUCCCGAAGAAGAAAAGAGAAAUUAAGAAAAAGGCACAGAGAAAAGGGGAGGGAAGGGAAACACCGAAAAGGAGAAAGGAAACUGGACAAAAAAGAUGUACUAAGAAGAAGAGGAAGAACAGGGAGGAGAAGAAGGAGUCGGCAAUUUCAGUAGCUGAUAUCAUAGGCAUCAAUCCGUUGGCAAGAGACCUGGAGUUCUGAAUGACAAUUGAACUGAAAACCUUUCGCUGAUAUUCUGGAGAUACAUUUUCAAAUGAGCAAUUUUUGUGCAUGAAUGAUCCAUGUUUUCUAAUUAGCAUGGACUCAGAUAAUCUUUUCAGAUACAGUUUGCCUGUUUCUGACACAAGACAUGCACUUGCUUCUUCCAGCUCUUCCUCUUUCCCAAAGUGGACGUAUGGUUCUUUGAAAGUCAGCUUUGGAAAUUCACCUGACUCACCUCUUUCAUCACCGUUUGAUGGUGACAGCCUUUCUGGUUUGAGCAACAGCCAGGAGCAGUACAGUACCCCUGAGAAUUUUUCUGUGAUUAGCCCUUCAUAUAAGUCGGCGUUGGAGAUAGAUAGUUUUCAGAGAUCAACAAAUACCCAAAGGAAUUUUCAGAUCCAUUCUGGAGGGAGUUCAUUCUCGCGUGAUGCUGGUAUAGGUUAUGGUUUAAGCAUGAGGGACAAGCUCCAGCAACUAGAGACUGCUCUGAUGGGUCCCGAUCGUGAAGAAGUGGAUGAUCAAAGUGCUGUUCCUGAUGCAAACAAGGGCCCAGAGAGUUCAAAGCGAACAAGGGAGUGGAGUGGAAAGUUUGCAUAUAGCUUACCGAAGGUUGAGCAAGAUGUAUGCACUGGUACUAAGUGCAGGAGAACAGAUCAAAUGACCCAGCAGCUAAAUGCAUUACAAAAUGUGUAUUUGCAGGAAGCCCCACAGGGAAAUGUGAAACAACUGUUAAUGCAAUGUGCAGAUGCUCUCUGGCAGAACAAUGAAGUUCAGUUUGACAGGCUGAUAGCAAAGGCGAGAACUGCUGUUUCUAUCAGUGGGGACCCAAUUCAGCGGUUGGGUGCUUACAUGAUAGAGGGUUUAGUUGCUCGUAAAGAGGCUUCUGGUUCCAACAUUUACAGAGCGUUAAGAUGUAAAGAGCCAGAGAGCAAAGACCUACUGUCAUACAUGCAUAUCCUUUACGAAAUAUGCCCCUACCUCAAGUUUGGAUACAUGGCUGCCAAUGGUGCCAUAGCUGAAGCAUUCAGAGAUGAGGACCGAGUUCAUAUAAUUGAUUUCCAGAUUGCACAAGGAACUCAAUGGAUCACCCUUUUACAGGCACUAGCUGCAAGACCGUCUGGUCCACCACAUGUUAGGAUAACUGGGAUUGAUGACCCUAUGUCAAAGUAUGCACGUGGUGAAGGUCUGGAAGCCGUGGGAAGGAGACUUGCAGCUAUUUCAGAGAAGUUUAAGAUUCCGGUGGUCUUCCACCCAGUGCCUGAGUUCAGCUCAGAUAUUAGGCCCGAGAUGCUGAAUAUCCAGCCAGGUGAAGCACUUGCUGUCAACUUCACUUUCCAGCUUCAUCACACGCCUGAUGAGAGUGUGGAUGUGAACAACCCCCGUGAUGGGCUAUUGAGAAUGGUCAAAUCUCUCUCCCCCAAGGUGACAACUCUUGUUGAACAGGAGUCAAAUACCAACACUGCUCCAUUCUUUGCAAGGUUCAUGGAAACUCUGGAUUACUAUUCUGCUAUGUUUGAGUCGAUUGAUGUAACAAUGCCAAGGAACAACAAGGACAGAAUUCAUGUCGAACAGCACUGCUUAGCGCGCGACAUUGUUAACAUCAUAGCAUGUGAAGGGAAGGAACGGGUGGAGAGACAUGAGCUGCUGGGCAAGUGGAGGUCCAGGCUGAGCAUGGCUGGAUUCAGGCCUCAUCCUCUGAGUUCCUACGUAAACUCUGUCAUAAGGGCCUUACUUAGAUCCUACUCAGAGCAUUACACCCUCUUGGAGAAAGAUGAAGCGCUUCUUCUUGGCUGGAAGAGCAGGAAUUUGGUUUCUGCAUCGGCGUGGUGCUAACAACGCAUGCUGGCAUAUAUCGACUUGUGUAUUGUUGUAUAUCUGAUGCAGUGUCGUUUUGUAAAGGACUUGUCACCUGUAAUUCUGGAUGCCUUAGGCAAUCGACAACGUCACAACGAUCAGAGAUUUUCUGAUAAGAAUCCCUCCUUUUGAUGCAUCGUCGUCGUUGCUAUAGAGAGCUUUCUUCUUGUAUCUUCUAAUAUGUCCACGAUUCCACAUGCUUUUCCUCCUUGAUCUUCUACUUUUCCUCUCUAUGCGUUUGUAGUCCAUAAGACAUUUCUGCAUGAUUUCGUUGUCUGAAGUCUUUGGUGAAGGUACUGAUCUUCUGCACCUGGAUUUGAAGAUUUGGAACUAUGAGUCAGAGCCAGAGGCUUGUAGCAUCGUCUAUCCUAGUACUUGGCAGCCCGUGGCUUCCUGACUCAAGGCGUACAUGAAUAUGCAACUUGAUUAAUAGUUUAGCUAUAAUAGCUUGAUACCUUUGGGGCAUAAAACAACCAUAAAGCUUGCGCCAGCCAGGCCGUAUUGCUCGCGUAUUUUCUGUAACAGCCGUUGUGCAGGGGUAGCAUGGGUGUACUGGUGGCCAACUCUGAAGUCUUUUUUUGUGUGCAUAAAAGAAGUACAAAUCCCUUCUGGGGUUGUUUUUCUCCUUCGGUUGAGACGUCCCGGUCACUGCCACUGGCGUUGCCCAGGCACCAUGUUACCAGCAAGUUCGAUGGAUAUUUUCGUUCAUCCGUCAUAUGCCAUUCCGAAUAAGGGAAACAAAUGGAUGGAGAAGGCACGUUGACACGGUGGCAAUUGAAGAAACAAGUUUAUGUGAGCGAAGAGGAAGAGGAGUGAAUAUAAGAAAAUGGAGCAAAUGUAUGGAGAAGGUGACAUUGGAAUGUUGGUGAUGGGAUUCGAAGCAGCAGGAGUGAAGAGAGAGUAUAUAAACGUGAAAAACCAAUCUUGGAAAGGAACGCGCGGCAGAGAGAACAAGACGUGCUGCGAGUUCGACAAAGAAGACAUGAAACCUAUAUCGUGCGUCCUCCUAGUUGUCCAUGACUUGAGGCAACGUAAUGAUCCCCGUCGCCAUGCCGUCCUCUGUUUCUAGCAAAAAAAAAGUUGAAUGAGGCAUCAAAACUCAUCUGCUGAACCCGCAAUAAAUCUGCAAUUUGAAUAUCGAAGGAAAAUGGUAACGCUUUUGCUGUUGCGAUGGGGUACCCCAUGGCCAUCUAAAAUCAAGCAGCGGAUGACGUACCCUGAGAUGGACAACAAAAAAACAGUAAUCGCACCACUGUUAAAAGAGAACUAGAUGGAAGGGAAAGAACUCAUAUCUAUUUUGGUCUAGUCUUGUCUGUUGGAUAGUGGCACUAUAUAUGCCCAGCUAUUCUUUGAUCUAGAGAAUAUCGAUGAUUUCUCUAGAGGGCGCCUCAUAGAAGCAAACCCGUAAUCUCUCUCUUCUUCCUCUUUUCUAUCUGUUUCAGGUGCCAUCUUCUUGAGCGAGAUGCCAGAUGAAAAGCUGCUGUGCAAAAACUAAGGACUGAACAUAGGUGAUGUUCGGCUGUAUUUUAUCCAAUAUUGUCUAACUCAUAUCUACAGAGAAGACCCUUCCGUAGAUGUUCCAAUUACCUUCCAUAAACAUGCGAAUGAAAAUAACACGUAGACACACUAUUGCGUUGCUGACUGUAGUAACAAAUCCAUAAUGUAUAUGAUAGUGGCGCUCGUCAGCAACGUUUAAGAACACUACUGUGCCAAGAAUGCUAUCAGCAGUUGAACUAUUUUAAAGCUACUGCAAAGCGACCAGGUGCUU